GACCCUCUGCACUUCUCAGGCGGAAGAGAAGACUCAUGCUCUGAGAGAAGACACCCACAGUGGAAAUGAGCUCAUCCCAGGCUCUGGCUCCAGUUAUGGAACUUCUCACACAGACUGGUGCAUGAGUGCCCUUGACAUUGCCCUAGCAGAUCUGACUGGGCCGCAGAUUGUGACUUGCAACGAAAAAUGGAUUUUAUAUGACAACUGGCGACAACCCACUCAGUGGUUGGGCCUAGAAGAAGCUCCAAAGCACUUUCCAAAGCCAAACUUGCACCAAAAAAAGGUCAUGGUCACUGUUUUGUGGUCUACUGCCAGUCUGAUCCACCAGAGCUUUCUGAAUCCCAGCGAAACCAUUACAUCUGAAAAGUAUGCUCAGCAAAUCGACAAUAUGCACCAAAAACUGCAGCGCCUGCAGACGGCACUGGUCAACAGAAAGGGCCCAAUUCUUCUCCACGACAACGCCUGACCACACCGCGCACAACCAAAGCUUCAAAAGUUGAAUGAAUUGGGCUACGAAGUUUUGCCUCAUCCACCCUAUUCACCUGACCUCUCACCAACCGGCUACCACUUCUUCAAGCAUCUCGACAAGUUCUUGCAGGGAAAAUGCUUCCACAACCAGCAGGAUGCAGAAAAUGCUUU